UUGCGGCCAUGUAGCUGAAGAGUUCCCCGAUAGGGAACCGACGCAUAACGGGUGACCGAUACUUACGUCGGCAUGGUGACCGUAUGGCAAACAAAUAUGAAUUACACCCGAAGCAGCAGCCGGAAUCGUCAUCUGACGUUGAUCGCGAUCCUUUUCUCGACGUCCGCGAACGCGUUCAACGUGAAUAAUGAGGUACUCGAGUACUGGGAAUCAAGUUCGUGUAAAUACGACGAGUACUUCGAUACCGUUUCCUUAUCUUGCUCGCGAUGCAACGGCAGCAAAAAUCUCGAACCAGCCGCGAAUCGCUUGCGAUGUGUGUGCGACAAAUUCAGCAGGACGAUCGGUUUCGAGAACGGAAAUCCCCUUUGCGCCACCUGCGGUCCUAACAUGACUGUGACCGCCGAUGGAGGAGACUGCAUCCUGCACGCAAAUGCAACGUGCAAAUGUUCUACGAACCAAAUAAAAUUGGACAGAAAUAUUAAUGGAGUGCUGCUGGAUACUGUACUUUGUGUAACAUGCGUCCAAGGUACAUAUCCAUCUCCCGACUGUUCCAAAUGUUUGCCCUGUGACAGCCGCGAAUAUAGCGGCCACGUUAAUUGCGUAUGUCCAAGCACAACACAUAUAAGAUUACAAAAUUAUUGUUUACAUAAGGAUGAUGUAGCUGAUUGGCCGGAUAUCAGAAGCACAUAUUUGAUGAAAUUUCGAAGCGAAAGCGUAGAUAGUUAUUAUUUGAGAGGCGAAUUGCAAAUAGCAGUACAUCUCUGUAAGAAAAAAGAUAGAAUGGCAUGUGAACAUUUGUCAAAUAUAUGCGCCUUGACUCUUUACAGUGACGGUAUAGCCUGCAUGUUUUUUAUGCAUACAUCUAUGGCGCCUGUAUGGUUGUUUUACAGUAAACAAAACACUAUAGCAAUAAUGAACAACACGAAAAUAUCCGAGAGAUACAGUCUCAAAAAAGGAGAUAAUAGCAGCAUUUUGGAUUUCACAAUCGCAAGAUUUGCGUUGAAUGGUGAAUUUUUAUCAAUAGGCAGACCGACUCUGCCUUGUCAAUUUUUGAGAAACGUAAGAUUUGGUAUAAAUUUCAAUAAGAAAUGCAGGACCACCGCUGCUGAAUUAUUGAACGCACAAAUAGAAUUACUGUCUCCUUACUUAGUUUUUAAAGAGGACAAUAAAUCUUUUAUACAUGCAUUGCCUGUCAUUGUUAAAUCGGCGGAUCAGAAUAUUAAGGAAGUUUUACGACAGCAGUUGGUUCGAAAGUUCUUUUUGGUCGAUAAUGUAAGCGGUUUCAAAGCGUUACCAAUAUUUAUGAACAGUAGAUUCACAAAAGCACCAGAGCUUUCCGUGCUUCGAUACAUGAAAUCUCUGACUAUUUUAGUAAACGUUCAGAGUGGAAAAGAUUAUGGCAAAAUUUUCGCGCCCUUUGUGAUUGUGGAAUACGAUGAAUUGACAUAUCAAGAUUUUCUCAACAACUCCGAUGUUGUAAUAGAUUACAAAGUUACAUUUAUAUUAAAGGAUAACGAUAUAGAUUAUAAUGUCGAGAUAACUAUUGGAGUAUUGACAGGAGUAGCUUUGAUAUUUUCCAGCAUUAGAGCAUGGAAUUACUACAAAUGGAAUUACAAUGGCAAUCUUAGUAUAGCAGUUUUAUUAUGGUUUUUUAUUUAUGCUAUGGGCGCGAUUGGAAAUAUGAUUACUUUCGUGUGUAUCAGCGUAUGUGUAUAUCUAUUCAUUUUUUACAAAGGCCAAACUGUACCGUAUAUUCUACUUCCCGAUGAAGAUAGUGAGAAAAGGAUCCAAACAUAUAUAACUAUAGCAUUCAGUUUUAAAAUUAUAGAGAUGAUAGGAUUCAUCUAUCAACAUUGGGGUUUAAGUAUAUUUUUCAUCGACUGGGAACAACCGAGGACGAUACACAAAGAAUCGAAAUACGAUUCUCCACAUACCUCUCUGCGGAAAUUAUACUCCAACAGAUUUCCGAGGGGUGAAGGCAAGUCCUCGAAAAUCACGUCGGAUAUAAUCGCGUCCAAACGAAGGAGAAGAUCGCGGAAAACGGACAGAAACGCAAGUCCGAGCGAGACAUCCAAGUCUUCCUCGAUCGAGAAAUAUACUCCGGAUUACUCUUCCGUCUGUUCGCUCGCGAGAUCUCCCUCGCGAGAAAUGAACGAGCACAGCUACGUGCAUAAUUUUCCAAUCAGCGUUUGGAGAACCUACUUCGUCGCGAACGAGUGGUGCAAAUUGCAAACCAGAAGAAAAAUAAACGCGGCUCUGCAAUCGAUUUAUACCCUGUGUAUUUUACAGAUAUUCGACUUGGAAUCGUGGAUGCUGGCUGUACCGGAAUCGACCGCCGUGGAUAAAUCUUCCGAAGCGAACGAUAGUUUUACUUUACGAUAUGCGAUCUGCACGUUCGUGUAUACAUUCGUAUAUUUCGCACAAUGGUUAAUCCGCGUUACGUUUUACGAAAGAUACAUUAGAAACAGACUGCAAAAGUUUGUAGAUCUAUGUUCAGUCGCGAACAUCAGCGUGUUCAUCCUGGCGCACAAUUAUUACGGUUUUUACAUCCAUGGAAGAUCGGUACAUGGAUUCGCGGACACUGAUCUUCCUACUCUGAUAAGCGAUCUGAAAAAGGAGGAAGAUAAUUUAUGCGCACACAGAGGUCUGGUACCCGGCACAACCAAUCAGACUUUUAUAGUAUCGUUGACCCAGUCAUUUAAAUCUUUGUAUGAUCAAUUCGUGAGACAAAAGGAUAAUGAAAGCAUAGGAAUUUUAAAAGGGAAUAAUUCACCUUCUAAAAAUUGGAAACAAUUAUCAGAAACCAGAUCAAAAGUGAGAUUGUUCCUAAUGCAAUUUCUUGAUCAUUAUUCGGAAAAUGAAGAUUAUAUAAUCAAAGAACAACAUAUAUUAGAGAAAAUAUGUGAUAUUCUUUUCGUAAAUGCCAAAGAUAAAUCCGUCUUCUAUAUUGAUAACAAUUAUUCCUUCAACAAAGUGAUACUUUACGGAAACGAAUGGCUGUUGGCGACAUUCGAGAUCACUGUAUUUGCCUUCUUUUUGGCAAUGUAUAAUUCUUACAUUUUUGCUUGCAUAACAACAGUUCUUAUAUCACAACUAUUCUUAAUAAUUAUCAAAUGUAAUAUUAAAAGAAAUCUGUGCAACAAAUCAUUACUGGAUAAAAGAUUUCUAAUGUAACCAUAACGAUUAUAUAAAUAAUAUUAAAAAUUUAAACAAAUAUCAACUAGCAAAUGUUAAAUAUCACUUUCACGAUUUAUUUUCAUAGCUCUGAUACCCCUUUACAGUGAUAUUUCUACUAUUCUGUAUCACUAAUAUAGAAACUGGAUAUCAAUGAUGACCCUCAUCAUGAUGCCCAUGACCUGAGUAGUCAAUCCCGAAAUAUUGUUCAACAGCUAUAGUUAUCAGAAAUGCUGGUACACCAAUUUUCCAACCUCUAGUUAAACAUACAAGUCCACGCAUAAACGGUGAUUGGGUGCUUUGGUAGCGCCACACAUAAUUUCUCAACCAGGGAUCCUUCAGUCCUUUCUUGGCUAACUCUUCUUGAACACGUUUCAAUUUCGGCACAUCCUCCACCUUAUAAAUCUCAGGGUUGGGUAUUUUAUAUGGUGGAGCCUUAUGACCUCCCAU